AUGUUGGGAAGAAGAAGAAAAAUUGUAGGAGGGGGUGAAGGGGGGGGCAGGGGCCGCUGGAGAGAAGAAAUAGAUGCAGCAGCAGCAGCAGCAGUGGUGCUGCCAUCGCUGAGUGCUGAGGAGUUAAAGCUGCUAGAAGAAGACGAAGAGCAGCAGCAGCAGGAACAGCAGCAAGAGCAACAGCAGCAGCAGCAGGAACAGCAGCAGCAGCAAGAGCAGCAGCAGCAAGAACGAAAGAAAAAAAGGAAACGGUUUGAAUGGAUGGACUCUGACGAUGAAAGCGUUACAGCCAGCAGCAGCAGCGAGGAUGACGAGCAGCAGAAGCAGCAGCAGCAGCAGCAGCAGCAGCAGCAGCGAGACUCUUCAGAUAUGUCGCGAAGCCCCACCCCAGAGAGCAGCAGCAGCGAGCCGCAGGUGUCUCCUGCUGCUGCUUCAGCGACUGGCAGAAGCAGCAGCAAGGAGACCAGCAGCAGCAGCAGCAGCAGCAGCAUCUGUAGUGUGUCUCCUGGGGCAUCGAUGGAUGGGCGUAGCAGGAGCCUUAGCCUUCCGAACAACAACAGCAACAGCAGCAGCAGCAGCAGCAGCAGCAGCAGCAGCAGCAGCAGCAGCAGCAUGCUAGACGAGCUGUCUGCGGAGCACCAAAUGCGCAUAACUGCAGUUUUUUUGACGAAUCUUCCUUUUGAAUUAUCUGUAGAAAAAAUAAAAGAGUGGGUUUGUUCGUUCGUACCUAUCUCUAUUAUCGGUAUGCAGCGGCUGUCUCCUCCGCAACCCCCUGCUGCAGCAGCAGCAGCAGCAGCAGCAGCAAAGGGAGCAGCAGGAGGCGCAGCUCCGCACUGGAGACACCCGCAGCAACAGCGGCAGCAGCAGCGAGAUCAUUGCGGGCGUCUGUUUUUGCUGCUGCAGACAGCAGAAGAAGUAAGACGAGCGCUGCAGCAGCUGCAUGCAGCCCCACCGCUAAACGGGCGAAGAGUCGGGGCUUUCCCUGCCUAUACACUCGAAGGCAAAGCUUUUCCUUUGCAGACGCCUACUCAAAUAAAGUUCUUUAGCAAACAACCUCUCGUACAAACCAAACAUAAACCGAAAGACAGACAUCACUACAAACCCAUCGAUGGUGGCUGCAUAUGGCUUCCAUAA